GACACCUAGGUUACUUUUCUCCCUUCAUCAUUCUUAAUUUCCUCUCUACUUUGCUGACUACCACCAUGGCUAGAUCCAAAGUGAAGCUUGCAUACAUAACCAACGAUGCUGCAAGGAGGGUUACAUACAAGAAGAGGAAAAGAGGGAUGAUGAAGAAAAUUAGUGAACUAAGCACCCUUUGUGGGGUUGAUGCCUGUGCCAUAGUCUACAAUUCACGUCAAGAUGCUCAUCCUCUUGACGAGCCCGAAGUUUGGCCCUCCCGCAUGGGAGUUGAAAGGGUGAUUGAGAAAUUCCGGCAAUUGCCGGAAAUUGAUCAAAACAGGAAGAGGAUGGAUCAUGCGGAUUACUUGACUCUGAGGAUCGCGAAAGAGAAGGAGAAACUGAAGAAGAAAAGGCAUGACAACAACGAGAAGGAGUUCCAGCUUCGCAUGCAUGAUUUCAUGCUAAGAAAUAGGCUUCCAGAGAAUCUGAGCUUCUUUGAUUUGAAUAACUUGGCUUAUCAUACUGACAUGAAGCUUAGGGAGGUCGACAUGCGGUUGCAGAUGCUUCUGGAAAAAGAGAACAAGGAGAUGAUGAUGGAUUUCGCACCGUCGUCACAGCCGAUUCAUGGUCCUUAUCAUCCCCUUGAGAGUGGAGAGUCUAGUGGGAAGAACAUGAACCAUUUUUCAUUUAUGGAGGAAAACAACCACAACAACUACAAUAGUGGUUUUGACAUGAUUCUUGGAAAUGCAAGAAUUAACUAAUUUGUGUGGAUUGAUCAAUGGUGAUGAUAAUAAUUACUUAAUUAGGGCUUUAGGGCUUUGUCUCUUCUAGCUAAUUAAGGGUCUUGCAUUUUAUGGUUUCGUUUCCGUUGUUGUUUAAUUUCCAGUUUACCCUGUGUUGUGUGGUUCAGUGUCUUGUCUUAGUAUUUGUCUUUUCAGUUUCAUGUGUGGCGUAUUUAGUACUAUUCUUACAUU